GCCCCGGCUUCUCGGACUGGAUGACGGAGAAGGUGGAUUUCUCCUCUCUCCUGAUGGAGCCGGGCCUGGGCCCGGUGCCGGCGGCCCCGCUCUCCGACCUCGAGGCCAUGGCCUCGCUGCUGAAGCGCGAGCUGGAGCAGCUCGAGGAUUUCUUCCUGGACGAGCCCCUGCUGGCCCCCGACCAGGGCGACCAGUGCCAGAGCCUGGAGGCCCGAAACCGGGAGCUCCGCGAGAAGGCCGACUCCAUCGAGCGCGAGAUCCAGUACGUCAAGGACCUCCUCAUCGAGGUCUACAAAGCGCGGAGCCAGCGGCUCCGGGCCAGCUAGGGGUGGGCACAGAGCGGGGCAGAGCCGUAGCAUGG